AUGGCGGAGUCUAGCGAGGUGACCGAACUCAAAGAGCUUGCAGACCACUAUCUGACUCUUCAGGAGAACUGUAAGGCAAGUAGCCAGGCAGAUCUUGCGAGGGCCGUAUACUGGACCAAGCUGGGGACGUUUUAUGAAGAGCUGGCGGCAGACAGCUUGCGGAGGGCAGACCGACUCGAAAAGCUCCUUGCCAACGAGGACGUCGAUGCGUGA